GCACAGGCGCACUGCUCGGCUGAGCUGGAGUGAGGAGACUUGACGCUGCAACCACCGCAGAACCAACACAUCCAGUAUCGUUCAAUUUAAACACAGAGGUUGGGGGAUUUUGCAGCUUUUACGCACAGCGCCGGAGCGUCUGGCGACUUGUUUUUCUACUUUGCCAGCAGCAGGCUGUGUUGAAGAUCUCGGUUCAUUUGAGCAGUUUGGGGUCGGACCUGUUGUCUACACAAUGUGGGGGGUCCAGCGGACGCGGUACGCAGACUGCAACGGCUCCGAAGCAAGCGAGGAGACGGAGGUGAUUGUGAAUAUCGGCGGAGUGAAGCAGGUGCUGUACGGGGACGUGUUGAACCGCUACCCGGACACCCGGCUGGCUGAGCUGGUGGAUUGUUCCCUCAAGUCUCCGGAGGAAAUAUCUUCACUGUGCGACGACUACGACCCGGACACCGGAGAGUUUUAUUUCGACAGGGACCCCGAGGCGUUCAAGUGCGUAAUUGAGUUGUAUUAUUAUGGAGAGAUCCACAUGAAAAGAGGAAUCUGCCCCAUUUGCUUUAUGAAGGAGAUGGAGUUCUGGAAGAUCGACUCGGAUUUCCUGGACGAGUGCUGCACCUGGCACUUGCAUGAGGUGGAGGAUGAACUUGCAGAGAUCGCGGAGAAAGUGAAAACUAUCCUGGUGGACAGGGAGGGAGACCCGUCUGCUGCUGGCUGGCAGCGCUUCGAGAUGUUCCUCUGGAAGCUGAUGGAGAAGCCGGAGUCCUCGAUGCCCGCGCGCAUCAUCGCGAUCAUCUCCUUCAUCUUCAUCCUCGUCUCCUCCGUGGUCAUGUGCGUCGGGACCAUCCCCGACCUGCAGGUGGAGGACGCAGAGGGAAACCUCACGGAGCACCCGACUCUGGAGGUCAUCGAGACGCUGUGCAUCUGCUGGUUCACUGUUGAAUACUUCCUGCGUCUCAUCUCCGCCCCCAACAAAAUCAAAUUCGUGCUGGCUUUCAUGAACAUCGUCGACUUCAUGGCGAUAAUGCCCUUCUUCGUGGUUCUCAUCCUCACCUCCUUCGGCGCCGGGAUGAUGGAGCUGGCUAACGUGCAGCAGGCGGUGCAGGCUUUACGCAUAAUGCGCAUAGCGCGCAUUUUCAAGCUGGCACGUCAUUCCUCCGGACUCCAGACACUCACAUCUGCUCUGAAGAGCAGCUUCAAAGAGCUCGGGCUGCUCCUCAUGUACAUGGGCGUGGGGGUCUUCCUUUUCUCCGCACUGGGCUACACCAUGGAGCAGAGCCACCCGGACACCCUGUUCACCAGCAUCCCACAGUCCUUCUGGUGGGCUGUGAUCACCAUGACCACAGUGGGCUAUGGAGACGUCUACCCCAAGACCACUUUGGGUCGGUGCAACGCGGCCAUCAGCUUCCUCUGCGGGGUGAUCGCCAUCGCGCUGCCCAUCCACCCCAUCAUCAACAAUUUCGUGCUGUUCUACAACAAGCAACAGGUGCUGGAGACUGCGGCCAAGCACGAGAUCGAGCUGAUGGCGCUGCGCUCCGGCACCGGGGAGCUGGCGGCUGCACCCAAUGCGCACCAACACGUUUGCGGUGCGGGGGUGUGGGAUGGCACCAUGCGCUCCUGCCACAGUGAGACAUACAUCCCUUUACUGAAGGAUCCCAGGGGAGGGGCCGGCCUGUCGACCCCUAGCAAGGACACGAGCUUCGGAAGCACGGCCGAGACUACCGAGUAUUUUGUCUCGUGAACAAACAAACACACACUUGCAGAACAGAAGAACCACACAUCAGAAAUAAUUUUACACUGUUGAUUUUUGAUUGAUUCAAACUUAACCUCUGGGUUAAUGAUAGAAGGACGACUUGAGAUUGUAAAUAGCCUCAAUAGAAACUGCAGCCAUGGCCUCUGAGGACCUUCAUAUUUUGAAGAAUUGCACCUAUUAAAGGGACAUAUAUUGACUUGAUGAGCUUUGCCUUUGCGCAGUGACUCCCUGUGGGCUGGGGGGAACUGUUUGAACGUGCAUUCCCCUUUUGUAGACUCCUUAUAUAACUCCCCCAUCCCCAAUCCUCACACUCAGAUUGUAGAAGGCACAGUAGCUUAUUUCCCUGUACAGAAAUAUAUAUAUAUAAAUAUCACCAUGAAUGUUUGUUUUUUGAAGUAAUAAAUUUAGACAGCUCCUGUGAGAGAAAAGACAAAUGUAGUGAGUCCUUGGGAGGUUCAUGAGGCAUCAGGUGUUUGAAAAUGAGACUUACAGUGCCAUUAGGGAAUAUAUGUAGGCAACGUAUCAUGUCUAUCUUUGCCUGCAAUCUACCUGGGAUCAGUGAUAUAUGUUGCGACUCAGAGUGAGGCAGUGUUUCAGAUGUAGAACUCAGUCUGUGCAGGAGCAUGUUAGAAGCAGUGGAUGUGUCAGUCGGGCUGCGAUUCUGCGAAGGAUCAGGUUGUAAACACUGGGACCUGAGCAGCUGCAGGACAUGUUCUUUUAAUGGGUUUACAUUUUAGCAGCAGUCGUCACCACUCUGCUCCGAAUACACAAAUAUACCGAGGUGACGCAGCAACAGGCUGGAUGUUAAACAAAGAAUAAUCCAAAUAAGUGAUAAUAAUAACUUUAUCUGUGGAGCACCAUCAUAAACAAAGUGCAUCACAAGAUCAAGGCCUGAAAAUUCUGAAAAGGGGCAAAGAAGGAGCUCAGAUAGACGAAAAAGAUGAAGAAGAAUAUGAAUAAUCAACCUCUUUUUCAAUAAUUCAUGAAAAACGAUAUUUAAGAGUAUGAAUAUGUCUGUAUCUGCCUCAAGCAUGGGUCUUAAUUCAAUUUUGAAACUUACAGAGAUGAUGUUUCUCACACUGCGUCCCACACUUUAAAAAAUUAACAAAAAAUUGCCCUUUAAUAGCUGCUAUAUUUAAAGGUUAAAAUUCCACAAUUUGAAAGGUCACUCCUACACCAUUAGUCUGAGUGACACCAAACGUUUCGCACAAAUUCAACAUUCCUCAGAAACCUCCUCGCCCGGCACAUCGGGGGAGCUGUAAUUAAAACGGGAAAUUUAAUUCACGUCCCAGUUGGCGAGGGUUUGAUUUUUUUAUUGCAGCCAGGAGGGACAAGCCGUGUCAAGACGUAUGUGCCCAAGUGUUAUUUUAUUAAAUACUAACAAUAGCUCAGAUGUAAAUGCAUGAUUUGUGCUCAAAAGGUGAAACAUCUAAAUAGUUUAACUGAGGAGAACACAGAGGGCGUCAAUAAGAGGUGGAAUCAAAGUGACCUUGUGCAGGCGAGGAGGGUUUGAGUGUUCACACUCACCUCUGGGUUACAUUUUUACUUUGAGACAAAAUCCUCCAUAAGACUGAAUCAUUUCACGCAAGUAAUGAUGGAUAAAUGGCCCAAAUCUUUAAAGCUCCCGUUUAAGUUGUGCUUCCUGAGAGAGAGAGAGAGAUCACGGAGGAGGUCGGGCUAGGACUCUGCAGGUCGUCCACUAACACGUGUCAAACACAGGGUUCUGCUAUCUCCACCGACCAGCUGCCGAUUCACACAUAUCAGAGCGGGAGAAAGGCCUUUGUGCACGCUGACAGGUGGAGCUGGAAUGUCAAAGGCAUGCAUUGUGCAAUGGUACAAUGGCCCCCACCCCCCUGUGUGUAUUUGCAGAUGUACAUGCAAAUAUACAUGUUCAAAUUUAGAUUCAUACGCAUGCACACACACAAACAUCCUCCCUUUCUCCCCCACAAGUGCAUACAAAUAAUUACAAGCACACAAACACACAACCAUCUGGUGUACUCCACAGCGACCUGCUGUGAUCUGACGGCUAAUCACCAGUUUUUACUCCCACAUGUUGGUCAUCUGCGGCGCUCAGUGGGCGUUUUAAGAUUAGAUCGGCUCCUGAGUUACAUGGAAAUUUGUGCUCAUCAUUAUGUUUCCUUUAAAAAGCCACAAAGAGAAUUCUUACAGCUCGUUAAAGGACAUUGCCACUGAUUCAGUGUAUUUUUCUGGACGGUCAGAGCUGUUAUAUCCUCAGAGAUUAUUUUUUGAGUAAAGACGAGUUGUCUGACAAGGUCCUGGGUAAAGAGAUAUUUAUUUUAGCCACAUUAUUAAACAUUAUUUAUUAUUAUUAAAGGUUGUCUGAUGCAUCUACAGAACUAAAUCCUCUCAACACACUAGAAUCAUGACAAAUGGUGGGUUUGUGCUUGUGGGGAGAUUUUCAACUUGUUCUGAUUAUCAGUGAAGGACUUUUCUGUUUUACCAUCUUCCAUUGAUUUGUUUGUUUGUUUGUUUAUCUGGAGGAUUACGCAAAAAUCUACCAAACAGAUUUCAACCAAACUUGCUGGAACAAUGAGACGUAGGCCAAGUGAGAACCCAUUGAAUUUGGGGGACAAAACGGCAUAUCCAGGGUUUAUUGUCUUUAUAUUAUCACAGAUUUAGUGCAACUAGAUGGAAUUUGAGACAACUAUUUGGCCUUAGCGGAGGUAUGCAUUCCACUGAAAGCCAUUCUAAUGUUUAUACGAUCUUGUUGACAUGUCUUUCCACUGUUCACAUGCAGCAAGGGUAGAGAAGAGCAAUAUCUGGCGUGCCAUGUUGGUUUCAUCAUCAUAGUGUUAAACCAUGGAUCAUGCUUGAAGAUGCUGUAAAUAAACACAGCUUGACAUUCAGCCUGAACCCGGUGAUGCUUCCAUCUGCAGCUGCUACAUUCAGUUACCUGGUAACUUCAGUGGAGAGAAACUUAGAGAGAUCAGUGUCGUCUGGGUGAGCUUCAGAGGAUCAAAGCAAUUCCUGAAUCCUUGUGUAUCCCGUCCGGCUGACUGCCAGCUGUGGGAUGGUUUCCUGGUGACGAACCGUCACAGUAGUAUUAGGUUACACCGAACCAUUUGAGGACAGCACGGACACACAGGGACUCUCCCCCACUCCGUCGACCUGUAGGACAGCUCUCUUAUCUAAAAAUAGGUGAAUCCCUGACGGUAUCCUGGAAGCACGUACAGUAUAGCACAGACAAAGAAAAGUUCAAACAAUAGGUAAUUAUGUUGUACAUGUACGUAUGUUGUUUUCACCACAGUUACACAUAAAGUGUUUGUGACAACUAGAAGGAAUCUCAGAAUAGCGCAUGUCUCAUCCAUCCAACAAGUUUCAUUUAAAUCUGGUAGGUAGUUCUUGCGUAAUCCUGUUCACAAAUAAACGGACAGGGGUUAAAACAUCACAAUUGCUCCGACAUGAUGGGAACGCCACUCAGUAUCAAACAUCAGGAUCUGAGUUGCAAAUUGUAGCAAAGAAAAAGACGGCGAGAGAGAAAAGAAACACAACACGGGAGGCAUUCAAAACAGCUCGUGGAUAAAUGUGGCUCUCCAGACGACACUAAAAGCCGAUAAUGUCCAGUCCCAAAUGGAGCAAAUGGGAUAUUUUAAUGGAUUCAUAUCCUGGAGAAAAUGGCCAAACACAUUCAUUUGAAUAAGAAUGUGUAAUGCCAGGGUUGAACAGCCCACCUCUCCGAGCACUAACUCCAUUUGAGAGAUAUUUGACGCAGAGGGAAAAGGUUAUCCACCUGAUUUCACAUUCAGAGGAAAAGGAAAAAGCAUAAUCGACGAGCAUUUUUAUUUUAUUUUUUGUGCAAGAUGAUCUUUUUCAAUAGGAAUGUUUAAAACAGUGCGUGAGCGUAUCCUGGAGCACUUUAAUUCAAGCCGAGAGCUUUCAUGACAAUAAUUACAUAUAUUAAAUUUGACCUUCUACAAAACAGUGGAAUAGGAUGAAGCACCAGACCCACUCAAUGCAUUUGCAAGACCUAUUUUUCAUAUCUUCUUUUUUUCUCCCCCUCUCCCCUCAUCACUUCUUUUUAUUUUGCAGAAUGUAUCUGGUAAAAUCAUCACGUCUUUCCCUUGUGGCUUUUCUAUAACAAUGUGGAUCAGGGAAUAGCGAGUGAGAAUUUAUAGAAGCGGCAGAAUGUAAAUACACUUUAAUUUCACAGAAUCCAAUAACUUGAGCACGGUCACCGCAUUGUAGUGAAUGCAUUACUAAAAAUGGCCCCACAGCUGACUUUGCCAGAGCCUUUCAAGAUGUCAAGUUAGAGUGUCAAACAAUAAAAUCAACACAGGCGUGCUGCGGCAACAUCAACCCAGACGGGUGGAGAGGAAGUGCAGCUUGUGCAAAGAGCUGAGUGAAGGUUUCUGUUUGAGGGAAGCUGCUGGAUAGAAGCUGUGGAAGGCUGCACCUUCGGAGGCUACUUUUGCAGACUGUCACAGCGAGACACCACUAUAGACGUCCCCGUUUUUUAAUGCUCCUUCAAAUGAGGCAGACGAAUGCGUCCUUCUGUUUCAGAGAAGUAAAGGCUCCGGCUGGUGGAUCCUUCCUGGACCAACAUAUCAUAGGGUUCAGGAUACAAACUGUUUUUCAAGGAGACAAUUGUGCCGGCAAGCGACAACAUGUCCAGGUCUUGAUGUCACGCUUAAACUCAAUCCACAGCUAAUGAUUAAAAAGAAAACCAAGGGAGAGUAGAACUUUCUCCUCAUGACAAACUUCAGCUCUUCUUGACCAGAGCUUCUUAAUUCAGUUCGGUCUUGCAGCCCCUGAAUUGAGACACAGCCUCAGUUGUGGCUGCACUGACACUGAGGUGUGGGCUGAACUCAGUAUUCACCAUGAACCAGGUCUACGUGUCUUGGUUGAUCGCUUCAGUAGUUUAUUACCUUUUAUCUUUUGUCUUAAUGAAAAUACAGAUUUAUGCUCAGCAACUCCUGAGAGGGAAAUUAAACCGUGGUGGAUGAUGUCAAACUACGGCCUCAGUGGACGUAAUAAACGUGAAGCUGUUGAAACCCUGUACGUGAUGAGAAGACAGAGGAAAGUGUGCUUUCAGUCCUGCAGCCAGAUCAGUGUCUUGAGAUUUGACUUGAAGCUGGUGGUUCUGGUCAGUUUAAUACUCAGCCUCAGUGAAAACAUCUGCGUUGGCUCCUGCUCAAGUCGCUUUACGACGUUUCUACGCGACUCCGCCGGGUCGUCUGCUGCGCUGAGACCAAACCAGGUUCCUGCCAUGUAGAGAGUAACAUCAGAUCUCAUGCUGUAGAAAAAUAACCUCUGAUUAGAGUCAUCUGUUAGAAAUGUUAAACCAAGGGGAACAACAAAUGUGUAUUAACUUAAAUUAUUAUAAUCCAUUAUAAUCUUGCAUACUGUUUGGAGCAUAUGGAACAAUAUUUACACAAAUGUGCAUUUUAUAUUUUACAGUUGUAAUUCAAUGAAAUCACUUUUUGAAAUCUGCUUUAAACAGAUAUCUUCUCUGCUUCAAUGUUGAAAGAAUAGAGCUUCCAAGGGGGCGUGAAUAAUUGAAUGGGCACUGAAGACUUGGACUUUAUGUAGGAAUUUUGUGGCCUCAUCAAUCUGAAAUCCCAGAGAACAGCUGAGCAGCAUCUGAUGACCACUGUAUGAGACCCCCUAAAUAUAGCUCUUACAUUUUAUGAAUAGGAAGAGCUUAAAAUUUAAAUUCAGCAGUCGGAGAUUGUAAUUAAUACCAUAGAGACCUGAGAGUUUUUAUUCUUUCCCUUUAACUCUGAGCAAAAUUCCAUUGGGACUGAAUGUGAAAUUCAAAAAGUCUAAGAACCAACUGACACCGUUCAGUCACCGGCAGGAGUGUGUGAAUUCUGCAACCAUGAAUAUGUAAAUUUAAAGUUUGAAUCCCAGUGAAGCUGUUUUAUUCAUGUUUGUACCCAUUAAUGUCUUGAAUAAUGUUUCUUUGAAUUGUCAUUUAGUGUAUCGAGGCUCUGUUUUUUUCUGUCACUGCUUAACUCUGUUGUGCUGAUGGCUUUGAUCAGGCCACGGGUUUCUACUGCUCACAUUCUCCAGAGGAACUUGAAAGCGUUGCAUAUUGACAGCUUUAAACGACUUGUUCAAAGCCACAGCUUGUUAAAGGAGCCUCGGAUUAUUUAAAAAAAACAAUUCUCGGGUUUUCCAGCAAAUUAAUUUAAUUUGAAGGUUGCAAACAGCCACGCUCUUAGGAACUGCUCUCCUGUGGACCUCAGCCUAUUGUAUAAAAAAUUUCUCCUUCUAGUGACGCUGUGUCACUUCCGGUAAAAAACUGUGUGGACAUGUUAGGUUCGGGGGUGAAGUUUUUGUUUGGAUUACCUAAAUGAUUAAUUUCUGGUAUGUGGACUCAGCUGUAGACAUUUCUGACUAAUGCAUGUAUUAAACAGUUUGUAUUUUACGGGGUAGGCAUGAUGGUACCUGCUUGGUUCUGUGCCUUCCUGUGUGGAGUUUGCAUAUUCUCCUCGCGUCUGUGUGGGUUUUCUCCAGGUAUCUGCCUCCCACUACAAUCCAAACACAUGCCGAUUGGGAUAAGCAGUAUAAAUAAUGGAUGGAUAGAGUCUGAAACACAUCACCAAGCCUGUCAAUAAAGGGUCAAUACAUGCCAUAUA